AUGAACUCCGAUGUUGUAACUGGUCAAUCGACUCCGACGCAAGUAUCGUUCUCAUCGAACACGUUGCUCGCAAAUCUGGCUGUUGAUGUAAUGCUAAUAUCGGUACCGAACGCAAAUAUCACUCAAAAUCGUUUCGAGGAUGUGCAAGCACAAUGUGAACUAAAAACGGGCUUCAAAAUGGGCAGUGCCCUAAUCUCAGCACCGAAUAAUUUUUGGGGUACCGACAAAGAGAUUGAGGUCAAAACAGUUAUCAAUUUUUUUGUUCCAGAACUAAAAACAGCAUUCACGUUUCGAGACUGUACUUUAUAG